CGCGCACCCCGCCCUCUGAUGAAAUAAUGAAUAAAAAUGAAAUGGCUGUCAGUGAGUGCGACCCUGUGUAUUUGUUAAGGUUUCGCUAUUUUAGCCUAUAAAUAUAUUGUAAGUCUUUACAGUAAAUGCAUUAAUAUAAUCCUCUAGAUAAAUAAAUUGUUUAAAGUUAAGGCCAAUCAAUUGGUGGUUAGGAAAUAGGAACAGUGUUUUUCUUAAUAAACAUUAUAUACACUUUGGCACAGUUUAAAUAAACUCCAAAGGGUGUCCUUAAUUUGUUUGAAACAAGGUAUAAAUAUGAAGUCUGAGGUACAGCAGUCUUCACAAAUGCUGUAUUUUUAAAUUGACGGCAUCAAGCAUACUCUCCUUUGGACUAGAGGAGGCGGCCUGCAAGCUCAGAUGCAUUUCUGGAUAGAUAAACGCAGCCAGUGUGCUUACAGCGGCCGGCACCGAGUGCCAUCAUCUUUGUCUGCCGGCGUGGGCGGGGCUCGUGCGCGCGCGUACGGAGCGGGUGGGGGCGGGUACUGCCGUAAGGGCAUGGCGGCGCCGGUGCACCGCUUCGUAUCCGUCGACUGCCCGCCGAGGAGGCCGCAUCGCACGCACAGGCAGUUCACGGCGGUAGGCGGGACUGGUGGGGCGGGCGGCACGCGGCGCGGGGAGAGCCUAUACGUGGAGGUGGGGGAGGCGCCUCCCACCAUCGCCAGCCUGGCGGCCGCGCGCUCCGUCACGCCCGACACCUUGCUGAGGACGGCCGCGUUAGGAAUGCACCACUCGCCGAUGAUGGCGCCGCACCUCAAGUUCGGCAUGCUCGUCUCCUUCGCGCUAGCUACGGUGUUCCUGGCGGGCGCUAAGUACUAUUUCGAUAGACAGGUGUCACGCGAAGGCGGCGUCGGGCACAGUGCUAACGGCGCGGGCAGCGAGGCGGGAGUAGUGUGCGCCGCAGUCGCGUGCGUAUGCGGCCUCGGCUGCGCGCUCACACUGUGCCGCCCCCGCGCCCCGCCCCCGCCCCGACUGCAGCCCGACCGAGUGUCGUCCACCGCGCACCGCGACCCGCCCCAGCCCCAAUCGGAGCCUUCAGACGACAUCUCUCUCGCCACGCUCCUCGGCCCGGAGCGCCCAGCCCCCAGCUCCCUCCUCCUCGCCAACAGCAGCACGGAAGCGCCGCCGCCCUACAACAUCGCAGUGCUGAUGCCAACGCGCGAAGCAUCGCCGCCCCCGCCCGCCUACUCCGCGCUCAGCUAGCUGCCGACGCCCGUGAGUCCCGAAUUCAUUAUCUAAACUCAAUCUGAACAAUGUUAGGAUUCCACGAUUUAUAUGAAUGCGCUUUCGUAUGCCGAAAACCCCAUCCAAAGGAUCAGUGGUUUCUGAGAGAAUCGCGGACAAACAGCAGCUUUUUUAAGGCUGUUAGCCAAGAUUAUUACAAACCAGCCCUCCUCAAAAAGUACUAUGAAGUUUCAAACAUUUUAGCUAAGAUUUUUUUCAAAACCAUCCCCCGUCCCUCUCUCAGUUUGUUAAAGUGCUAUUGAGUUAUUGUUUUAAACUCUCAUGGUUACUAAUAUUACAGUUAGAGAGAGGUAUUGCUACGUUGAUUUUUCUGAGUAUCGGAUAUUUCGAAUGCUCCGUCAUCAUGGCGCUUGCAACAGUGCCGAAAUAUCGGAGACUCACAAAACCCAAGGUAUAUGGUAGUAAUCCCAUUACUAACUAUAAUAUUUUGACAUUUCUAACAUAUUACCUAAGCUAGUUUUGUUAACCACCAUAACUU